AUGCCUGCACUGAAGAGGGUGCUGUCGCUGUUCACUCCGUGGUGGUUGUCUUCAGCAGCAGUACAGACUGAAGAUGAGAAAGAAACUAAAGUUAUGCUUAGCGUCAUCACUCGCGACCGGUUUUGGCGGCAUGCCCUUUCCACUUUAUCUUUGCUAGAGUCGGUGGAGCAUGCCAGGCAAGAGCUGCCACAAGUCAUCGUUGAGUGGCACUUGAUUGAUGAUGCAUCUGGCAAGUCUGCAGAUGGCAAGAAAAAGCAGUCCAUGAUUGAGGACCUGAGGCAAAGGGGGAAGAUUACGAACUUCACGCGUAUGUCGCGACAUUUGGGCACUGUUCGAGUGCUAUCUGUUGCAUUUGAGACCUUCUUAAGCAGAAAAGACCUGGACUUCUUCCUGCACUGUGACGACGACAUUCUCAUGGGCAGGACAACCCUGAUGCGUGCUGUGAAGGACUAUAUGACCGACUUUUCCCAAGGUGGACUGCUGGCUCUGUUUGUGAACUCUUGGCUGGACGAUCAGCUGUCACACGACGAUCCUGCCUUUGGGCCCUAUGCCGUGGCUCCGUUCCUUGGCGGUGCUGCCUACAUGGUGAAUAGAAGGACCGUCAUUGCUACUGGGAACCCCUGGUCACAAAUCUUGGCGACCAACAGCAAGGUGGACUUUCUGCUGAAAUUCCGGCAGCCUGAGUGGGAGCCUAUGUGGGCGAUCAAUCAUGAGACGAAGCGUAUCGUGGAAGUGCCAGGAUAUCAAUCUGUGGACGUUCGUGCUGCGCUUUGGGCGGACCGAAAGCUUUUGCCAGACUAUGUGGUUUCGAAAAACGCCCAGGCAGUGGUGCCGGUGGAGCUCUCCUCACCGUCGCUAUCGGUACAGUGGUCUCCCUGGGCAUAUCGGAAGCGGCACCUGAACUAUCUGGAGAUUGGGACAGCUGACUUUGACACGUUAAUAUCUCGGCAUGUGUGGCGGUCUGAGGUGCAGGGAAUCUCGGUUGAGCCGCUGCGUGCAUACUUCGACAACCUGCCCUCCCACGGAGGCAGCAGCAAGCUCUUGCUGAAUGUAGCUGUGGGCGACUACGACGGCUUUGCUACCCUUUACUUCGUGCGGCCGGAGCUGGUUGGAGCCCACCGGGGAUCGGAGAACCUGUGUGAUGCGUCGCGGCUUGAAGAAGCAGGCCUAAGGGAAUGUCUCCCAGGAUGGGUCCGGGGCACUUCAUCUCUCAAGAUUCCGGAGGGUGUGCGCCAGCUGCUGGGCGAUGCGGCCAUGAAGGUGAUGGGAAAGGUCCAGGUUCCCUGCACGACUUACGAGACCCUGCUGACCAUUUACGGCAUUGGCUCCCCGGCUAAGAAGUCUAUGCGUGGUUCGUUGGACAUUUUGAAGAUUGAUGCGGAGGGCUUCGAUGCGGAGAUCCUGCGCCAGGUGGUCCGCCUGGGCCGAUUGCGAGGCCUUUGGCCCUGGCAGGUGCAGUUUGAGAAAAACAUGUUAUCGGAUUGGGAGACUCUGGACGCACACGUCCUCGAUCUUCACAAAGAGGGAUACCGGUGCCGCAUGACCGAGGUAGAAGUGGCGACCUGCUGGCGCGAAUGA